AUACAAACCGACCACGGACGGAGAAGGACGCUCCUAAAUAGUAAAUAGUAAAUGACAUAUUGUUUAUAAUAUUUUGUGUAAACGUUUGUAGUGAAGUGUUGGUGAAUUUGGUGAAUUUGUGACUUGUAUUGAAGUGCGUGGAUUUGACAAAAAAGUGUUGACAGUGCUGGACGCUGUGGACUAAGUGACAAUCUAUUACCAUCUCGUGAUUCUAGUGACUUGAUUCUAGUGUGAUGUGAACUUACCAACUUACCAACAACUACACCUUCCUUCAUGCCCUAAUCAAAACAAAUAAUUGCCAAUUCAUGUCCUAAUCUUUCAUCAUGUACCAUCUAACAUCCAUCUUAGUCUUCUCCUUGCUCUCGAUUUCGACCAGAGUCGAUGGGUCCCAUCAGGAUCCCUUAACUGUAACCACUACUUCCGGGUUGAUCCGGGGUCGUGCAAGGAUCGUCCUGGGACGUGAGGUACACGUGUUUACCGGUAUACCAUAUGCCAAACCGCCGGUUGGUCCUUUGAGGUUUAGAAAACCGGUUCCUGCAGAACCUUGGCAUGGGGUUCUGGAUGCCACACAUCCUCCUAAUUGUUGCGUCCAGGAGAGAUAUGAAUAUUUUCAGGGUUUUCAAGGCGAGGAGCUGUGGAAUCCUAAUACGAACAUAUCGGAGGAUUGCCUCUACUUGAACGUGUUCGCUCCUGCUAGGCUCAAGGGAGGAGGACAGGAAGGUCAAGGUCUCCCAAUGUUGAUUUGGAUCUACGGCGGGGGCUACAUGUCCGGAUCAGCAGCCCUGGACAUAUACAACGCCGAAAUUCUCUCCUCCACUGGCAACGUAAUAGUUGCCGCAAUGCAAUACAGAGUCGGAGCUUUUGGAUUUUUAUAUCUGGCCCCUCAUUUUAGAAACGGGGCUUCUGAAGCCCCCGGCAACAUGGGGCUGUGGGACCAAGCUUUGGCCAUCAGGUGGCUGAAGGACAACGCUGCAGCAUUCGGAGGUGAUCCAGAGCGUUUGACUUUGUUCGGUGAAAGUGCAGGAGCUGGUAGUGUAUCUUUGCACCUCUUGUCGCCUGCCACGAGGGGUUUGUUUGCAAGAGCCCUGCUCCAAAGUGGGACUAUAAAUGCUCCUUGGAGCCAUAUGACGGCGCAGGAUGCUGUUAGAGUUGCCGAAGCACUUGUGGAGGAUUGUGGGUGCAAUGCUACACUCCUAAGGGAUUCUCCUAGUAUGGUCCUAGCCUGUAUGAGAUCAGUGGACGCCAAAACGAUUUCCGUCCAGCAAUGGAAUUCCUAUUCAGGAAUCUUAGGAUUUCCUUCGGCACCUACGAUUGAUGGUGUUUUUAUGACUGGAGAUCCUAUGCAGAUGCUGAGAAAUGCUGAUUUGCAAGGGGUUGAUGUCAUGAUUGGGAGCAACAAGGACGAAGGAACUUAUUUCAUCCUAUACGACUUCAUUGAUUAUUUUGAGAAAGAUGGUCCAAGUAUUUUGCAAAGGGACAAAUUUUUGGAGAUCAUGUCUACGAUAUUUGUUAAGGCGAGUCCUGCAGAGAGACAGGCGAUAGAUUUUCAGUACACCGAUUGGGAAAAUCCAACAGAUGGUUCCUUAAACCAAGACCAAGUUGGUCGAGCAGUAGGCGACCACUUUUUUGUGUGUCCUUCCAAUUUGUUUGCUGAAGGAUUGGCCGAACGGGGUGCCAAUGUGCGGUACUACUACUUUACACAUAGGACAAGUACAUCAGUCUGGGGCGAAUGGAUGGGCGUCAUGCACGGUGAUGAAAUCGAAUAUAUUUUUGGACAACCCUUAAAUGAGAGUUUACAAUAUAGGGAUCGAGAAAGGGAAUUGAGUGCCAUGAUGGUGCAGUCGGUGGCUGAUUUUGCAAGAACAGGAGAUCCGACCCCUGCAGGAGAAACCUGGCCCUUGUACAGCCGAGAAAAACCGAUCUAUUACGAGUUCAAUGCCGAAGGGCCGCAACCAGAGCCCUCUUUGGACAUUGAUGGGUCCGAUUCGGACCUGGAGCACACAGGGCGAGGGCCUAGGGCCACGGCUUGUGCUUUUUGGAACGAGUUUUUGCCUAAACUAAGGGCUCUAUCAGAAACUCCUCCUUCACCAUGUGAAAUCACCGAAAGGAUAAUUCAAAUCGCCUCAGGCUGUGUCAACUUCAAAUAUCUCUGGACGUGGAGUUUGCUUCUGAAUCUUAUGGUUAUAAAUUUGGUCUAAAAGCUAAAAGCUACGGAAGGAUUUUUAUUAAGGAAAAAUAGGGCCAUAAGAAA